AUGGCUUGGUAUAGAGCCUUACUCCCUUGCAAGUCAUGGUGGCAGAAGGUCCUGGGUCGUAACAGCACUAAUAAGGACGGACAGAAUGAAGACGACCAGGCUCCGUUAAUUAAUCAGAUGCCUAUUUUCAAGGAAAUCACAAUUAUGAGUACUACUGCAAAGUACAUUAAUAGUGAAAAAGUCAUGGAGCACAUUGUCAUGGAGACCAAGCACAUUGAUGACCAAGGACACACCUGCAUCAAUAACUGUGAUUUAAACAGCAUUGCAGAAACCAGACAUUCUAGACAUAGCUCUAUCAGCCUUUCAGAUCAAAGUACAAUUAUUGAUGACGCGAAGUCCCUGGAAGAACCUGAACUCUUUGCUGCUCACUCUCCAUACGUUGACAACUCAACCAGCGAGUGGAUGGUUAGACUCUACUACAAGCAAUCAGUACGCCUCGAUGAACUUGAGAUCAGAGGCCUUGAAUCUCGUAUCCCAGGGUCUGACGAUGAUCCAAUCGAGACCCACUGUCAUUAUCAAGGAGAGGAUUUUUGGCUUUAUGUUCCUUAUUCGUAUGCCAGAGCUCGAAUAGUUUUAAACAUUGCCCUGAACGCCUACUUUAAGAAGAAGUGCAUUUCUAAUCCUAAGUCUUCUGCUGCCAUCACUAAUCAUCCCUAUCAAGAGUAA